CGUCCUGACUUCUGUCUGUCUGUCUCUCUCUCGUUCUGUGUUUCUCUCUCUCUUUCUUUCUCUUCUGCUGUCCGUCUUCAGGACGGAGACUCACGGGACCUCCAUUGUGGAUUCACUUGUUUUUGCUCCAGCCUGUGUUUAGAACUUUUGCCGCUCCUUGUAAACCGCUAGGCCGCCUGCUCCUCUGUGCGGACACCCGCAGACAUGGCAGAGAAGCGGCGCUCCCCGUGCGCGCUGAGCGUAAAGGCGCACGCAUUCUCUGUGGAAGCGCUGAUCGGGGCGGAAAAAAGACGCAGGACAAACGGAGAGGAUGCUGCGUCCCCCGGGUACGAGGACGGGACUGACGUCUCUGAUGUAAGCGGGAGCCCGGGUCCACGGGCCGGCAGAGCGUGCACCAGUGACCGGGGCAGCGAGGCGGAGUGUGGCAGUGACGGAUCACCGGAAAGUGAGGACGCGCUUCUGGAGAGUCCGCAGCCCGCCGCCGUGUGCACCGUGCCUCCUGUAACGGGGACCGGAGAGGAGACCCGCGUGGACCUGCAGGGAUCAGACCUGUGGAAACGGUUCCACGAGAUCGGCACGGAAAUGAUCAUCACCAAAGCUGGACGGCGGAUGUUCCCUGCUAUGCGUGUGAAAAUUACAGGCUUGGACCCACAUCAGCAGUAUUACAUUGCCAUGGAUAUAAUCCCUGUGGACAAUAAACGAUAUAGGUACGUGUACCACAGCUCCAAGUGGAUGGUAGCGGGCAACGCAGACUCCCCUGUGCCCCCCAGAGUGUACAUCCACCCAGACUCCCCAGCUUCAGGAGAGACGUGGAUGCGCCAAGUGGUCAGCUUUGACAAACUCAAACUGACCAACAACGAGAUGGACGAUCAGGGACAUAUCAUUCUUCACUCCAUGCACAAGUAUCAGCCCCGGGUCCAUGUAAUCCGUAAAGAGUGUGGAGAAGAGUUAUCCCCUGUUAGAGCCGUCCCUGCCGGAGAGGGUACCAGGACCUUCUCCUUCCCCGAGACUGUGUUCACCACUGUUACAGCCUAUCAGAACCAACAGAUUACAAGGUUGAAAAUUGACAGAAACCCAUUUGCCAAAGGCUUCAGAGACUCUGGCAGAAACCGGAUGGGUCUGGAGGCUUUGGUGGAGUCCUACGCAUUCUGGCGUCCAUCUCUGCGAACGCUCACAUUUGAGGACAUCCCUGGAAUGGCCAAGCAAGGAGUACCAGGAGCUCAUGGAGCUGUUGGAGCGUCAUCUCACCUGCUUUCUACAUCCCCCUGCUCUUCACCUUUCCAGAUGUGUCCUCUGAGCCCCCCUGACUACACAUGCAGCCGACCUGCACACCCCCUCCAUCGCUAUAGCAACGCUUCAGAGCCAUUUCCUUCUCCGAGAGGUCCUUCUGCAUAUGACGGGGAAGGAUUCUGUUCCCUGCCUCUGCCUACUUCUCAGCUUGGCUAUCUGUCCAACCCCUCCUCACAAAGUUACGCCAGCCUCCGCCUCCACACGCCGCCUUACAGUCUGUACGGCUACACAUUCCCUCCAUCACCACGCCUCGCUGCCAGUCCCGAUAAAAUGGCCGCCGCUGCCACUGCCAAUCAGAGUCCCUUCCUUGGCUCGGCUCCUAGCGGGACUCUAACAGACAGUAUCGGUGUGCUCAGUGGAGGACAGCAGGGAUUCUUGUUUGACUCUCGGACUUUAGGACUGGCCGGUAGCCAGCCGGGGGGAGGGGCCUCACAGGUCACCGCCCACAUGGGCUGAAUCCAGACAUCUAAGGUUGUCAGGAAAACAAAACAACACUCUGGAAUUGUUAUGUCGGUUCAGAAUGUUCUACGAAUUAAUCAUCCAUGUGCUGAACAGGCAUCUAGUUGAACUGUGGACAAGCAGAGGCCAGUGACAUAUCAAGCUUGUGUGAGCAAAAAGAUUGUGUCACAGCUCUUUGGACAGAAGGGAAUGAUGUUAAGUUGAUAUCUUUCAAGUAUGUUCUCUAGGACGUGAAUGUGCAGCGUCAGUGGUCACUAAAGGGAGAAACGUCUUGCAGGUUUGGAUAAGGGACAAGCGAGUGGUUGAACUGGAAAUGAUUAUGGACUGGGCAGAGACUGGGCUGGCCCAGACACUCAGAGCAAGCACUUCAAUCUGGGUACAGAUUUCUACAUCGCCUCCAUGACCUUGCCUUGUGGACGGAGUCACUCGGUGCUUUUGUGAGUUUGUUGGUACAGAACAUAUUGGGUAAAUUCACUGAGCUAAAUUUGUUACUUCUCAUCACAUACCUAGACAUGUUUUCGUAAUCAUUUAGUGAUAUGCACUACAGGCAGGGCCUCCUCCAUCGCCUAAGACUUAAAAAAAAAAAUCUGACAUACUUUUUAUCAGGAGCCUGUUGCAUUUUAACAUGAUGACAUCAUAGCCAUAAGAACCCAUGAGAGAUAUCUUGGUGUUAAUAAAGGACUGGUGAGGAUAAAGCUGUGGGAGAAUGAUGGACAAUGGACAGAUUUAUGUAUUUUAUGUCUGGUUUGACAGACGUUUACUCGAUGCAGCUGCUUGGAUGUCAGGCUGAAGUACAUCUUUCCUUGUGUGACACAGAUGUAACUGCACAUGAUGACUCUGUAUAUAGCCUGGGGGACGAGGAACGAGAGGAGAGAUGUGUAUAUAAAGGGCUAUGUGACCCUUCGCACUUAAAAACCCCAAUGCACCUGCUUCUGCUCUUUAGGCUGAGUCAGGUACACAACCCUGAACUUGACCGAAAAGCUUUUCUUUGCAAGCGCGCUAUAUCAGCACAGCCUUUGGCCAAGGACAUGAACAUGUUCUGUGACCAUUUUUGAGCCAAAUAAAAAAAAUAUAUAUAUAUCUAUUCAUGUCACAAUGUUUAUACGUAAUCAAUAUCUUACUAAUUUAACUGAUUCAUAUGGUUUAAUAAUGCAAUUAUAUGUGUAUGUGUUCAAAUUUUCUUUACACAUUCUUUUCCAAAGUUUUCUCAAUGACAAUAUUUCAUUGUGAAAAGAAAAUGAAUGCAUUUGUAUUUGCACCCAUGUAUUCGCAAGUGUCGUUGUCUGUGUUCUGUCCGUGUGCAUGUUGUGUGUGUGAUAAAAACAGUCAAAAG